UUCUAGCAGCCUCAUUUUCACUGGCGUCGUGCGCGUUCGUGGACAUCGGGCUUCCUUCUUUCCAGGGUAUCAAUCAAAUAUGCGGUUAGCAGUACUGGCAGUGCUGGCACUAGCCACCGUAGUGGCUGCAGGCGUCAGGGAAAAACGUCAGGUGCAAUAUCAGCCCGAAGCCGCUCCCCGAGGCAGCGCACCACAGAGCCAGGACCAAUACGCUCAGCAGCAGCAACUGCAGGGCUUCCGCCAGACGGCCCCUCAGCAGCAACAGUACGACCAAUCUGCCUUCCAGCAGCAAGCACCCCGUGGAAGGACCACGGUGCAGUCUUUCGGCGGCGGUCUCGCUCGUCCACAGCAGUCUUCGCAGCAGCAGAGCAGUAACAGCAACAGUCAAAGUGCUGAAGAGGAGGAAGAGGAACAGCCAAAUCCUUUGACCCUCCUUCUGGAGAAGUCCACUUUUACGUGCGGUGGAAAGAGCGACGGCUACUACUCCGAUAACAGCGUCCAGUGUCAGGUGUUCCAUUACUGCGUCGGAGGAGCCAAGCACUCCUGGAUGUGUCCGGAGGGAACGGUCUUCCACCAGGUCCACCUCAACUGCGUCCCCGCCAGCCAGGACAUCUGCCAGCAGGCGGAGAAGUUCUUCUUCGUCAACGACUACCUCCACAAGGAACUGGAAAACCGUGGACCCAACAACACUGUCCUGUACGCCCAACGUUACUACCCCGAUGGUUAUGUGCUGGGCGACCCAUUCACCCUACCAUCUGGAGGACGCAGCCAGCCACAGCCUCAGCAGCAGCAGCAGCAGCAGCACUUCCCUCCACAGGCACAGCCACAGCCUCAAAGUCCCCCAGCCUCAGUACCAUUCAGGCAGCCACAACCUGCACAGAGGAGGCCACAGCCUGCUCAGUUCCAGCCACAGCAGUUCCCUGCUGCUGCCCCACCCCAGUACACUAUCCAGCCCCAGCCCCAACCCCAGCAGGGCACAGGCUUCCGUGGUGCUGCCCCUUCCGCUGGCCAAUCGGGACGUAACGCCGGCGGAGCCUCUCCUUUCUCCUUCCCACCCACCCGCACCUACACCAUCCCCGCUCCCGGUGCAGCAGCUCCCGCUGCUCGUGCUCCAGAAGCCAACCCAGCGUACAUUUACCGCCAAGCUGCACCUUCCCAAGGCCAGCACAGCUCAGUCAAGUACGACGACGACUAUUAGGCAUCCUCAUUAACUACGAUAGUUCUCCUCAUCAUCCCUGUUCAUCUCCUGCUCAUCGUCGUCUCAUCACUUGUAAUGAUUCAUCGAACGAUCAACUGCAGUAACGUCAUAUUGAGUCAGACAGCAGCAGACAGUCCCUAUUUGGUCCUUGUGCGAGGUACCCUGUACCCCCAGACAGUGGC